UAACUUUACCGAGUGUUUAAUUUCAUCGGAACUUCAUUUUCUUUCUAUUUUCGGGCUUAUUUUUGUUUCAGAUAUGCUAAACUGAAGAGAAGAGGGCAAACCCAGAUUCGAUCUUCAGUUUUUUCCAAGAUUGAUGAUGAUGAAAACCAGAACUCGAAUUUAUCGACUCCUCCGAAUCAGCAAGCUAAGUCUUUGAAAGUGGGGGUCAAGUCGAGCAGUGAAAGGAAGAAACCAAUGAUGACGGAUGACAUCUCCCAGCCCCAGAUGAUGAGAUGCGGCGGCUUAAAACUACUGUUCUCUAGGUAUUUGUUUGCUGGUAGGGAUAUACUGAGUCAUAUAAGCGAGUUUUGCAACGAGUUGAAGAAAUUGGCUACCAGGGCAAAGGAGAGAGAAAUUGAGGAAGCUGAAGAGGCAGUGGUGGAGAAAGAGAGGAAGCCAUUGCUCUAAUUGGGUCAAGAGAAACCAGUUGUAAUGCAGAAAGGAAUUGACAUUGCUAAAGAAAAAGAAAGGAUUAAAAAAAACAGAACACACGAGUCAGAAGCAGAGAACAUGUCCCCUCCUCUCUCUCUAAAUCUGGAGAAUGUAAAGAACAAAUACAAAGGGUUGCUGCAAACACGGGUCAAUCCACCAUCUCCACAGUGCUUUUCUGCUACUGUCAAAACCCCUUCUAAGGCUCCCAGAUCCAAAGUCACGGAAAUGGGGAUCCUUCAAGAAGUGAAGCAAAACAAGGAUAUCAAAGAAGACAAACCUGGGAACAGUGUUUCUACUUGUGUUAUCACUAAUGUUGAUGUUAAUGAUGGAAGACAAGCAAGAGCGUUGGAUGUAUUUUGGUUCCUCAAGCCUUCCACACUGUCUGAGUAAAACUAUUUGGUAAAAGCCAACAACAAGCGAGCUCAAAUGCUCUCUCUU